AACGUAUUGUUAAUCAAGAUAUUCCUCGUACAUUAUCGAAACGUUUAAUCGGAUUAGAUAUGCAAGAAUUACUUGUUGGUACAAGUUAUCAUGACGAAUUUCAACAACGUCUUAAAUCAGUUUUAAAGGAUAUCAAAUGUUCAAAUGAUAGUUUUAUUUUAUUUAUUGAUGAAAUUCAUCUAAUGUUUGGUGAUAAAAUUAAGCAAAACACAAAUGAUGCAGCAGAUUUAUUAAAAGCAAUGUUAGGUCGAGAUGAACUUCAAUGUAUUGGUGCAACAACUUUGGAUACAUAUAAAGAAUAUAUUGAAAAAGAUCCGACAUUUGAAACAUAUUUUCAGCAAAUUUUCGGGGAAGAAGUGUCAAUUAAUGAUUGCAUUUCGAUUUUACAUAGUCUUAAGGAUCGUUAUAAAUUAAAAUUUGGUGUACAAAUUCUUGAUUCAGCUUUAAUUCUAGCUGCACAAUUAUCUCAUCAUUACAUAAUUAAUCAAUUUUUACCAGAUAAAGCAAUUGAUUUAAUUGAUGAAGCAUGUGUAACUGCAUGUGCUCAGAUAGAUAGUAAACCUGAAAUAAUUGAUCAAUUAGAACGUCGUAAAUUGGAAUUAGAUGUUGAAGAAACAGCACUAUCACAGAAAAAAGAUAAAGCAUCGGAACAACGCUUAAAAGAAGUUCAAAAAGAAUUAAUAGACUUCAAAACAAAAUUACAAUCAUUAGAAUUAAGACAUAAAGCUGAAAAAGAACGUGUUGAUCAAUUGAGAAAAUUAAAACAAGAAUUAAGAAAUCUUCAAAUAAAAACUGUUCAAGAUCAAUCAGAAAUAAAACAUCAAAUUACUGAAGAUAAAAAACAAGAACAAUAUCGAUUAUUAAAUGAAGUUAUUGAAUCAAAAACUAUUAUUGAAAUAGUUGGUCGAUGGACUGGGAUUUCCGUGUCAAAAUUAUCUCAAACAGAAUCUGAUCGUUUAUUAAUAUUACAUGAACAGACAAAUCAAAUAAUUGUUGAACAAGAUGAUACUAUUGAUAUUAUUGUUAAUAAUUUAACAAAUCGAGUUGAACUUUCAAGUCCCAAUCGACUAUUUGCGUCACUUUUAUUUUUAGGCAUAACUAAUUUUGGUAAAACUCAAUUAGAAAAAGCAUUACGAUUAAAAUCAUUGAAUUUCCUAAAGCCAAUGAUUCAUAUUAAUAUGAGUGAAUAUACAGAAUCUCGUUCAGUUGAUCGAUUAAUUGAUACAUUAUCAAAUUAUCUUGAUUAUGGUCAAUUAAUGGAAGAUGUUCGACAACAACCGUAUGGUCUUAUUUUCUUUGAUGAUUUUGAAAAAGCUCAUCCACAAAUUCGAAAUUCUUUUUUAGAAGUUUUACAGCACGGCUGUCUUAUGAAUGAAAAGGAUGAAAUGGUUGAUUUUAAAAAUACACUUAUUAUUUUAGCAUCAAAUAUUGGUGCCCAAUAUGUUUUAGAAGAAGUUAAGAAUCCAACUUCUUCAAGAAAAGUUUCUGAUGAAAACUUAUCUCAAACAACAAAAGAUAAUAUAAUGAAAGAAGUUCGUUCAUAUUUCCAAGCAGAAUUUUUAAAUAUUUUGGAUAAUAUUAUCAUCUUUAAACCUGCUAAUAUCAGUUAUCUUUCUUCUAUUAUUCAUCUUCAAUUAAAAUUACUUAAAGAAGAUUUAAAACAGCAAAAUAUUAUGAUUGAUUUAACAGAUAAAACUAUUAUAUUAAUUCUUAAUAAAGGGUGUGGGUGUGAGUGUGGGUGUGGGUGUGGGUGUGGGUGUGGGUGUGCGUGUGGGUGUGUGGGUAUGAGUGUGGGUGUGC